AUGGGUGAUGGGUCGCCAAUGGUAGCUACAUUGCGUCGCUGGGUCGCCGGAGGGUCUCGAUGGGAGAGGGUUUAUAUGAGAAGAGAGAGAUUAGAUUCGGUGCUCUCAGGAUUCCGGCUCUCUCUCAUAUGCUUGAAUGUGGUGGAGAUCUCAAAGGAUACUCGGAGGUGGUCUCUCACAUUGAAAAUGCAAGAGUAUGUUCAGAUGUUUGGCUACAUUUGCCAACGCCUCUGUUCAGAUUCCUUGCCUGAUAGGUACUCACCGUGA